AUGCAAAAUUCAUUGGGACUGCAGUUUGGUGCUCGUGAACUUAACAGUCCAAAUGAUCUGGUCAGCCAGAUGAUGGAAUUACAGCAAGCAAACAGCAAACUGCACCUGCAAAAUGAAAUAUUGCGGGCAAAGAACGAUACACUACAAGGCGCAUAUGAUGCACUUGUUCAAAAAGUGCCACAGCUCUUAACAGAUUUCAGACAGCCUAUAUCAAUCAAGAAGGGUCCUGAUGGCGCUAUUGAAGUGCCAACACUUCCAAUUGUUGUCUUGGACGUUGCUUUGAAAAGAGAGGACUACCCUAAUGUCCGAUUCUGGCGGAAGCAAGAGUACCAGCAACAUUGUAAAGAAUACCAAGAGGCACAGUUAAACCCAGAGCAAAUAUCUGGGAUUGGUGAGAAGGCCCUUAAUAGGUUGUUUUAUGUAGAGUACGAGGAUAGGACUACCAUUGAUACAGAGGAAGGGGGGAGGAACAUACGCAAGCUCGCUCGCUCAAUUUGGUUUGAAUUGGCUGACUUAGGGAUGGCACCAAAAACGUGGAUGUCUACAAGCCGCGCAGUCCUUGACUAUUACAGGAGCAAGAUGUAUAAGAAAUUCCCUCAACUUUGCUUCUGUGAAAGUGACUGGAAAGCCGAUCAACUUGCAAUCGACAACUACCCCUCCUGGUAUGCAAACCAUUUCACUAGAGCAGAGAAAAAAGCUGUCAAGAAUGAGGCCAUUGAUGAUUCAAAGAAAAAUCUACAUGCCAACAAAGACAGCAGCAAACGAUUGCCAGAGAGCAUGUUAGUCAGCCCCUCUCAUCCAGUGAAGAAACAAAGGUCCAGCAAGCAGUCAAUUCCAUCUGGCAAUACACCAACAUUGGAUGUUUCGAAGAGCGAAUGCACAGAGAAGUGGACCCCAGUCCAGACUCAGCCAGAAGCCUCGAUAUCACCACCACCACCCCCUCAAGUCCUUCCGCUGACACCAACUAUUAAUGGUGUCUUAGAACCAUCCAAAACUUGCGUGGUUUUGGACAGGACAGAUCAGCAAUCUGUUGAUGUUAUGAGGGAGGACCAGGAUGCGGGGAAAGCCAAGGUGCCCAAAAAGAACAAGUUGUGUCCUAGAAAUACAAAUACAGCGAGGAACCUUUGUGCACUUGACUGGCUCAAAAUGAAUAAAAAUGGGACGGCAGAGGAGUACAAAACAUACUACAACAACCUGGACCAGGAAACUAAAAAGAUGUACCAAGAACGUGCAGAAGCAGCUCAGACACAGAAACAGGCGGCUGGGACAUCUGCUUGA